AUGGAUAAUGACCCUUCACAGAGAAGCAAAGUGGCUAAGAAAGCAAUAAACGAUUCUGGUGCAACAUUAUUUGAAAUCCCUGCGCGUUCGCCAGAUCUUAAUCCUAUCGAGAACUUAUUCCACAUAGUGAAAAAGCAGCUCGAGAGUCAAGCUAUCUCGGAGUGCAUAUAUCAAGAAACGUGGCCUGAAUUUAAAGCAAGAAUGCGUAAAACUAUACUUAAAAUACCAACUACUUAUAGUAACAAUCUUUUAUUAAGCAUGCCCAAACGCAUUGAUGAU